GAUUUCGAUGUCAAGGAGGGACGAUACUUUCCUUUGAGCGUGUCCGAAACAUGGCUAUAGAUGGGUGAGUACCCUGAUUGGUGUGCUCAAAGGUGCUCACAGGUUGGGCAAGGUUUGGCAUUAGGCUGUGCGGGUGCACAUGAGCUCUCUGUCUACGGUGAUGUCCUUAGGCCUGGUAGGUCUAGCCUCUUCCUCGGAAUCGGUAUACAUGAAACAUGCAACAGUGCGCUCGGACGUAUCCCUGAUCUGCUUCUAUUUGUGAGCUCUGGGGUGUGCCGGUAACCGGUCAAGCAAGGGCUGAAGAAGCAACUUGGUCGGCCUCGCUCCGCUAUGAAUUCGAUGGGAUCAUGGCCUAUUGCUUCCGCACUUACCGCGAUAGAUGCAUCAUUGCGAUGAGUGCGGUGUCUACUGACAGGAACACAUUGCCUCAGUUGCAUCAUGGCAUUUCGAAGCUCCCCUCGACCAAAACCGUCAUAAAAUUCCCACCUCCCCACCUCCAGAAACACUAGUGGCUGCCCCCGCGUUCGUCCUCGCCUUCCGCUCCUCAAUCACCGCAUGCCAAAACGGCUAGGCUGUUGAUUUUGUCGCCCCUGCAUCUACAAGCAUGCUCGCCUCCAACACCGGAUCGUCAUC